GGGCGGGGCGAGGGCGGGGCGGGGCCGGGGCGGGCCGAGGCGGUGCCGCGCCAACCAAAACAACGGCACGCCCCGGCAGCCCUUGCGCCCGCUCCCCGCCGCCACCGUCACUACCCGGCGGGUCCCGCUCGGGGCGUGAGGCGGGUGCUGAGACCCGCCGCCGCCGCCAUGAAGCUCCGCGUGCGGCUGCAGAAACGAACGGCGCCGCUGGAAGUGGAGGGGGCGGAGCCAACGUUGGGGGAGCUGCGCGCGCAACUGCGCCGGGCCCUGCUGCCCGCCUGGGGGUACAGUUCUGAUACUGAGUUUUUAAUAACACUGAACAGAAAAGAUGCUCUCACAGAAGAUGAGAAGACCUUAGCUUCAUAUGGGAUUGUUUCUGGUGAUUUGAUAUGCUUACUGCUAGAAGAAGCAGAUGGGCAACCCAGCCUACCACCUCCUCCUCCUCCUCCCCCACUUCAGAAUGGUCAUGAGCCAUCCACCUUGAUCCCAAACAAAAGUCAGGCCAACAGUCCAAAAGAAGAAGGGCAGAAUGAGCAAUCUGACAACCAGAAAGCUCAGGUGGAAGUUCAAAAGAGUGAUGAGAGGGCAGGAUCCAGCCUAGAAUUUCCUUCGGGAUUAGUUCCAGAAGAUAUUGACCUGGAAGAAGGUACAGGUUCCUAUCCCUCUGAACCCAUGCUGUGCAGUGAAGCUGCUGAUGGUGAAAUACCACAUUCCUUAGAGAUGCUCUACCUUUCGGCUGAGUGUACGAGUGCCACGGAUGCCUUGAUCGUUCUAGUACAUCUUCUCAUGAUGGAGACAGGCUAUGUACCUCAGGGAACAGAAGCCAAGGCAGUGUCUAUGCCGGAGAAAUGGAGAGGAAAUGGUGUUUACAAGCUACAGUACACGCAUCCCCUUUGUGAAGAAGGUUCUGCUGGUUUGACUUGUGUGCCUUUGGGAGAUCUUGUUGCUAUUAAUGCAACGUUAAAAAUCAACAAAGAGAUUAAAGGUGUUAAGAGAAUACAGCUGUUGCCAGCGUCCUUCGUUAGCUUUCAGGACCCAGAAAAGGUUGCAGGUGUUUACAAAGACCUUCAGAAAUUAUCCCGCCUCUUUAAAGACCAGCUGGUUUACUCUCUUCUGGCUGCUGCCCGACAAGCUCUGAACUUGCCAGAUGUGUUUGGGUUAGUGGUCCUUCCCCUUGAGCUCAAGCUUCGGAUUUUCAGACUUUUGGAUGUCCGUUCACUCAUCUCUCUCUCCGCUGUUUGCCGUGAUCUUUACACAGCUUCAAAUGACCAGCUUCUAUGGAGGUUUAUGUAUCUGCGAGAUUUCCGAGAUCCUAUUGCAAGGCCUCGUGACACAGACUGGAAAGAACUAUACAAGAAGAAGCUGAAACAGAAGAAGGAGGCCCUGAGAUGGAGGCACAUGAUGUUUCUGCCCCCUACACCUCAUCCAAUCCCCUUUCAUCCCAACCCAUUCUAUCCUAAUCCUUUUCCUCCCAACCCAUUUCCAUCAAACCCCAUCUAUCCUCCAAUGAUCAUUGGUGGAGAAUAUGAUGAGAGACCAACUCUGCCCUAUGUUGGAGACCCAAUUAACUCACUCAUUCCUGGCCCAGGAGAAGCACCAGGUCAGUUUCCUCCAUUUAGACCACAUUUUGACCCAAUUGGUUCCUUGCCAGGAGCAAACCCUACACUUCCAGGACGAGCUGGUCCCAGUGAAAGGUUUUCACCCAGACCCAGCCGGGGCCGCCCCAUGGACAUCCGCCGUGCAUUCAUUUGAUUGCUGCUUUUUCCUUCAGUGAGUUUUCUAGUCCCUGAGCUUGCUUCCUAACUGCAGGAGAUUGCAAAUCCCAGGCACUAACAUCUGCCUUCUCUUCAAAUUGUGUCAAGAACAUGUGUGCGUGGUAAUGUUUCAACCACAAAGGCUGGGUUUGUUUUAUGCUCUGGUGGUACUGUACCACCUGGCACUAAGGUCUAUUUCAUGAAGAGCUAUGAUUUAGAACAGUUUAUUUUGCUUCCCUGCCCGCAACCCUCUCCUUUAAUCAUCUGUGAAGUGCUAUUUAGACCAGAAAGAUACUGGCCAAAUAUUUGCUGCAUCAGAUAAAGAGCACUUUAAAUACAAACCCUACACUUGUCUGUCUUAUUUGAAAAGUUUUAUUAAAUUGCCAGGAAAAAUGAUGUUCUUUCAAAGCUACCUGGCCAAUAAUCUUUAUGAAAAAAAAAAUACCAUGUUCCACAUAGAACAGGGUGCUACCACUGUUACAAUAGAUGUGAGUUUGUAGGAAUUUUCAAAGAUGAUAUUUCCUUUUUUCCUUUAAUGUUUUAUUAGGUAAAAAGCAUUUUUAUAUUGUUACUUAAUACACAAAGAAUACAGGGAAGGGAUUUUCUUUACAAUGGAAAUAGUAGAACACAGAUCGAUUUGUUUACAAACAACUGAGUAAAGUCAUGCUACAGUGCAACUCAGAAGUCUGAACAGAAGCCGAGCAAUUUUACAGAGAACCAGCAGCAAAACUUUUGUCUCUCUCCUUGGCUUUACAAAUAAGGAGCUGUAGUACAUGGCUGCGUUUAUUGUGUGCUAACUAAAACUGGUGCAAAAAUAAAUCUUUCCUCCUGCCUAACUUACUUAAGGUAUUAAAUAGGUUGACCUGGUUGCAGUGGAAAUGGGAUCACAGCAGAAGCAGAAUGAAUUCUCAUGUUACUGCAGUAAAUUUCAUUUUAUUCCGUUACUUAAGUAUCAAAAUAUAUCUUGCCAAGAUGAAAUGUGUUGUAGCAUGUUAUGAGCACCUUUCAAGUGUUGUCUUACUAACUAAUGAACAACUAACAAGACCACUGUUAAAGUCUGCUGAUGAGAUAUGCGGGCUCAUGCUGGAGCUCAAUUAAAGGAAGACUGGAAUGACAAACUUUUCAUUUCUUAAAUAUUUUUUUAAAGAUGGAUUGAUCUCAGUGUUUCUGUAAGUGUAAAUGGUACUGAUGAUUGUUGUGACAGCUGAUACUAUUUUCUAAAAUCUUUCUGAAAUUCCAACAGUGGAGAUGGAAUGACAUUUCCUAUUAAAUACAAGCUAUUUAAUCAGUAA